AUGUUCUGGAAGCCCCUCCUCUUCAGUCACUUGGCUGUAGCCAUCUUCUCUGAUGGCCGCGAGCCAGGUGCUGUGCAGGUUGAAAAGACUGCAGAUUCGUGUGUCAGCUCUCCUCAGCAAGCCAGAUGCGAGACUGAGUGGUUAAUUGAAGAUAGCAUCUAUCCCGGGGCAGUCUUACGCAUCAACAAGACAGACACCAAGCUCGGCAAUUUCUGUAAAGGUGCCGGGGCCGGCCAUACAGGCUAUCUCUCCUUUGAUCGUGGUCAACGCAACAUCUACUUCGCAUUCUUCGAGUCACGCUCUUCGCCCCUCAAAGACCCUGUUGCACUCUGGUUGCAAGGAGGUCCUGGUUCAAGCGGCACGAGGUACGGCCUCCUUCUCGAGACAGGACCUUGCUCUCUGUACAACAACAAGGAAACUCAGUACAACCCUUAUUCUUGGAAUCAUGCCGCCAACUUCCUUUACGUGGAUCAACCGGUUGGUGUUGGUUACUCCUUCAGCACAACUGCAGAUCCCGUUGCUAGCGCUCAACGCGCAGCAGACGAUAUGAUCAUGUUGCUCCAUCUGUUCUAUAAGGCUUUCCCACAACUCAGGGCAAACAAGCUUCACCUCACUGGAGAGUCCUACGCUGGCAAGUGGAUUCCUUCGCUCGCCAUGGGGAUUCUCGAUGCCAACAAACAUGAUCCAUCCAAUCAGAUUGUCUUGGGCUCUGUUGUUAUUGGAGGUGGCUACUUCUCUCCGGCUGUUCAGGACCCAAUGGGUUAUGAUUACGCUUGCCUUGAACCGUAUCCCAUGGGCAAACCACUUCUCAGUGCGACGGCAUGUGCAACUCUGAAAGACGCUGCGAUCAAGUGCGCGGCAAAGUGGGCAAAAUACACUAGCCUGGGCGGCACGAACGAUCGCGGCAAACUUCAGAAGGUCGGGAGUGACGCAUAUUACACAUGCGUCGAUGACAUGUACACGGCUGUGUUCGACGCUGGAUUGGACAUCUACAAUAUCGAUCGUCACUGUCCAGACAAAUCCGGAUCCUGUGAUUCAAGAGGUGCUGCAGCUGAACAAUUUCUGCAGCGUUUGGACGUGGCUACUGCGUUUGGAGCAGGUCCUGGCAAGUAUCAUGGUGUCAAUGAACAUGUUCGGAAGGCAAGCGAAGACAGCGGAGAUGAAUUCGUCGAUGCUGGCCCACUGUUGGUACAGCUUUUAGAGGCUGGCAUUCCCAUGUUGCUUUAUGCAGGCAUGCUGGACUAUAUUGUCAACCAUCGUGGCAUUGAAGCUGCCUUGGAAAAGCUUGUCUGGUCGGGAUCAGCAGAAUUCAAGGCCGGUCAAAAGGCUCCCACCAAGUGGUCUGGCGGAGUGAAAUGGAAAGCUAAGAACCUUCUUUGGGUGCUCUUCAAUAACGCCGGCCACGUCGUCCCUGAGGACGAUCCAGCCAGUGCUUUUGAGAUCUUCAAUGCCUGGAUCGACGGACUUAGGGCCUGA